GCCUCUUCUCAUUUUCAUUCACCGCUGAAGAGUCAGAAGGAGAAGCAGCAGAAGAAGCGCACUUUCUCUAAAUCUGGAUUCCUAAAUCUGGCGCGACCGAGGACCGAAAGAAUAAAGGAAACUACGAGAAUCGGACAGUGGUUGUGAUGCAGCCCGUCCGAGCCAGACCCUAGUGGCGGUCUGCUCCCUGGGUCCCGGACCGCCGUCAGCGAUGGCGGAAUAUCUGCCGCCUUCACUGCUGGAAGCUUGUGUGGUGGUCGGAGCCUCAAGUGACAAACUCCAGGAAGCCCAUCAGGCCUUUAAUAACAACGGAUCCCAGGAGCACCUGCUGCUGGAGCCGGAGAUCCUUCAUGUCUUUGUGCCUCCUUUUGUCAGCAAAAGCCAGCCUGAGGGGGAAUCGCUCAGGUCGCGUGGGAGACGCCGACGUUCCUUUAUGAGGAAGAAGAGACAACAACCUCCUUCAGCUGCACCCAUUCAAGGUACGACGGAAGGAGCAGGAGGAAGUGAAGAUGUCAGCGUUCCCAAAGACAUCGACCUCACGGCUUUACCUCAGCUCUGCUUUCCUGGUGGCCUGCAAGUAACCAAUGAGCGAAAGGAUGAACAGUUUCACUUCUUGGUUUUCACCGAUGUCUUUGGCAACAAGACCUAUGGAGUCGUAAUGCAGCGUUACUGUCCAUUACUGGAUUGGACGUCUUUCUAUAAGAAUGGAGCUGGAUCGUCUCCGUGUGUCAAACUUUUCUCUGCAUGCGGUUUCUGUGUCAUUUCCAAGUAUCCAUAUUUCACUGCACUCAAAGACUGCCUGUCAUGUCUGUUAAUGCAGCUGAAAGUGUGUCGUUUAUCAGACAUGGAGGAGAGAGUGAGGGAGUUUGCAGCCAAGCUGGCCCUUGUUCCUGUUCCACCCCCUGGACAGCUACAUCUGAUGUUUACGUUACCCCCGCUGUCCAUCACGUUGCCCUGUAGUGAAGAUAAAAACCACCCGACUUUAGAUUUAGAUCUCCAUCUGCCCUUCAUCUGCUUCAGACCUCAGCAGCUGCUUCAGGUGCUCUCUUGUCUUCUGCAAGAGCAGCGGGUUGUGUUGUUUUCUGCUGACUGGUCGAGACUCACGCUGGUGGCCGAGAGCCUUUUGGCUUUUCUGCAGCCUCUGUCGUGGCAGCAGCCGUAUGUUCCCGUCCUGGCCAGAGGCAUGCUGGACUUCCUCAUGGCCCCGACUGCCUUUCUGAUGGGCUGCCAUGUCAACCACUUUGCAGACGUUGCUGCUGAAACAGAUGAUCUGAUCCUCAUCAGUAUUGAUAACGGGAGCGUCUCCUGCUCCUCCUCCGAUAAUAUCAACCUACCCGACAUACCUCAAGCUGCUGCGGACUGCUUCACACAGAGGUGUCAGUCACUGCAGAUACAUUUUGACUUGAACCAGUGCCAUAAAGCAAGCUGCACUGACAUCAACGAGCAGCGGGCGCAGAGGAGAGCCUGGCAACAGAACCUCAACUACGACAUCCAGACGAUCACGCUGGAGCUGAUCGUCAAUAUAUUCAGGGAUGUUGGCAGUCAUCUGAACUAUGAGCAUCGAGUGUUUCACAGCGAAGAGUUCUUAAAAACCAGAGACCCAUCUGAGCAGCUUUUCUACAAGAAGGUGUUGGACACGCACAUUUUCCACUCCUUCCUCCGCGAUCGCCUCAACAAGAAAAUGGACAGCUUUGCUCGCAUGGAGCUGAGCACUCGCUCUGAGAUGCAAAAAAUGAAGGCCUUGGUCCACGUGGCUCGCAGACCCACCAUGCAGGAAAUCCAGGCCCGGAGGAAGAGCUCCCUCACGGAGGACCGGCUCGGGAAGAGGCGGAGCCUCCCUAACAUAGGAGACGAACAAUCGAUGAGCUUUCAGAGAAGCAGCCUGCCCAGCCGCUACUUCCUCUCUGACUCCGCACCAAAACUCCAUCCUAAGCCAGUAGAAGUGUUCAAACUCCCAGACUUCCCAACAUAUUUGUCUUUCCACUCUGUCCAAGCCUAUUAUUCCGACCUCAUCCAGCAGCUUGGGAAAUCUAUUUUCUCCGCUCAGAAUGAGAGCUCAGCUCUGCUGGCCAGAUUUUACUACAUGCGGGGUUUGAUCAACACGCUGUGUUCGAGGAGGCUCGACGCGUUGAGUGAUUUUCAGAACCUCAAUAAAACCGACACGGCCAUCUUUCCCACAAACCUGGUCACGUGGCUGGUGGAGUCUCUGCAGCAGGAGGAGAGAAACCUGGCACAAAAAAGACCUGAGCUGAAGAGGCUGAUCUUCAGGGUGAAAUCAGACAAUGAAAAGCCUCCGGUGGAGCCGGACAACUCGGUCAAAAAGUUCAAGCUUCCCCUGAAACAUCUGUAUCAGGACGAGUUUGUGCGUUGCAUUCAGGAGUGUGGGAUUGUUAAAAAUGUUGAAACUAUUCAUCGUUUGUUUGAUGCGCUCACUGAUGGCCAGCCGAGGCAAGUGAAACCCGAGCUCUUCAAAGACUUCUACUCGUUCUGGAAGGAGAUGGAGGCCGAGUCGCACGACGCCGACCUGCCCUCCGAGGUCGUCGAGCACCUUGACAACAGCGAGUGUGUUUACAAGCUGUCGUCCUGUGUGAAAACCUCCCACGGCGUCGGUAAAAUCGCCAUGACGCAGAAGCGCCUGUUUCUGCUCACUGAAGGACGACCUGACUUUCUGGAAAUCACAAAGUUCAGAGACAUCCAGGAUGUGAAGAUUGCCUCGGCUCCUUUUCUGCUUGUGCGGAUUCCCUCCCUGCGAAUUCAAACCUCCAGCAGGUCAGAGACGUUCGAGGCAAACCUGAAGGCCGAGACCGAACUGUGGAACAUCAUGGUCAAAGAAAUGUGGGCUGGACGCAGGCUGGCAGACCAGCACAAGGACCCUCAGUACUUGACUCAGGCUCUGACCAACGUGCUGCUGAUGGACGCCGUCAUGGGCUGCCUGCCGGCGCCGAGGCCCAUCACUGCUGCGUCCAAGCUGGUUCACUUUGAUAAACUCAUACAUGAAGUGCCAAUGAUGGUGCCUGAAGCCACCUCAGAAACUCUGAAGCACAAGAUCAACCCAUCUCAGGACCUCCCUAAGCCUCAGACUGUCCACGUGCUGCUUUACACGCCAGGUCAGUUGUCCUGCACUGACUCCAGCAGUGAGAUGAACCCAAAGCUGUGGGUGGCCCUCAGCGGGGGGAAAGUGGUUGUGUUCGAUGCGGCGAGCUGGUCCAUGCUGCAGGACCGGAUCCAGGUCGGAGAGUCACAAGUGAACUGCAUGAUGGGAUUGGUCCAGGACCACGUGUGGAUUGGCUCUCAGGACUCUGUCAUCUACAUCAUUGACACUCACAGCAUGUCCUGCAACAAGCAGCUGACUGAACACCGGCAUGAAGUGACCGGCCUGUCAGUGGACGCCAGAGAUCCACAGAACAGCCAGCAGGCGUACUCCUGCAGCUCUGACGGGACGGUCCUGCAGUGGGACUCGUCCAGCCUGAAGGUGAAGCGGCAGUACAGCGUCAGCUGCGACCGUCUCUCCUCCAUCCAGAUCCACAGUGGCACUCUGUGGUGCUGCUGUGGCGACAGCAUCGUGGAACUGAAGAAGAGCGGCACGUCACAAAGGAAGAUCGUGCUUCCAAGUGACGACUGCAGUGUGUCCAGGAGCUUCAGCAGCUUCAUCGUCAUGCCUGAGCGUGGGCAGGUGUGGACAGGCUGUUCAGACUCACCUGAGUUGUGUCUCUGGUGGACGAACAACAGCAAACAGCCGUUCAGAAGAAUCUCGCUGCCCAGCAGUGCCGGAGUGACCUGCAUGAUCCGAGUCAAGGAUCAGAUCUGGGUGGGCUGCCGUGGGUGGAGCUGUGUCGGGGGCCAGUGCGACGGGCAGCAGCGGAGCCAGGUGGUGGUGCUGGACCCGGAGAGCCACAGCGUGGACAAGGAGCUGCAGGCUCACUCGGACUGCAUCCAGACUCUCUGCUCCGCCGAGGAUCGCUAUGUCCUGAGCGGCUCCGCGUCCCGUGACGGGAAGAUCGCCAUCUGGAAGGUCGAGUAAAAGAACAGAGACGCUGAGACAGCAGCAGAAAAACAACACGGAGGCCGAUUCAGGUGAAGGGCAUGAAGAAGAGGUGAAGGCUUGAAAACAUGAUGAAUGGUGUCACCAUAAUGAGACAGACAAACAUGGAGGUGAAUGUUAAAACAAUGUAUCAUGUGAAAAAUGAAGUCUUUUUAACAUUUAUCAUAUUUAAUAAUGUAAAUUGCACUUUUUUCAUUGUAACUACAUCCAUGUGGCUUUUUGAUAUUUAAUUUUAUAAUUCACUACAAUCUCUUUUCUGUUUUUAACGCAAAGACCGAAAUAGUGUUAAAACCGUGCUGAAAAAAUGCCUCCGAUUUUUUAAAUUGUAACAAUAAAUUUGAUAU